AGCAAAGGGAGUCCACACAACUCAAGAGAGAGGGAAGGAAGAGGGCUGUCCGCAGGUAGUUUUUCCAGUGCGUAAGGUUACUUGUUUGCUUCAUAUCUCGGGUUAUACACAUCCAAAUAAGGCGUGCGAGAUACCAGCAGAAAGCUAUCAAGACGAGGAAUCCGUGAAGGUCUGUUUUGAAUCAAUCGGAGUAGUGGAAGGCUUCCAAAUCGUCCUAGCAAAACACAACCUCGCGGAAUACGUUUUUGUAUUCAAAGGAACGAAUUCGUCGGGAAACACCCAUUCUAGGGACUGUUUUUGUGUCUUCGGUUAGGAGUUGAACUAGCACUUUGAGGGGGCUGUUUAACACUCAAUUCCAAGCAAGGAAUCAGUUCUCAAACCUUCUUGGCCGAGGCUUUGGUCGUUGGAUCGAGAAGGAAGGUUUUAAAGCUCAUUUGAGUCCUUUCCUUCAAGGCUUGAACGCCCUUAGCUUAUAAUGGACUUUUGUCUCAGAAUGCUUUUAGUCAUCACACUGAUCACAUCCAUAGCCUUGACAAAAGAGAUGAGUGCAGAGAGGCUACUACAAGCUCAUGACCCAUUAUCAUCACUUGCAAAUGACAAUAAUAAUGGUUAUUCUGAAAUCUCCACCGGUCCUUUCUCCCCAAGGGUUAGUAUGGAGGCGAGUUGCAACAUCAACAUCGUCUUCAACCUACUGAUCGACUGUGUUCCGUUCUUCUCGGGGACAUCUUCCAUUCCAGCAGUGACAUGUUGCUCUGGAGUUGAAGUCGCAAUCAAAACAGAAGUGGAGUGCUUUUGUGAUGGCCUCACUGAUCUCUUGACUCAUUCUGGAUUGGUGCUUAAUGUCUCCCGGGGACUUGAUCUCCUCAACGCAUGUUUCAGUCCUAUUUCAUACUCAAUCAUCUCCAACUGUGUGAGCCCCACACCUCCUGCUCCUGUUCAUCAUACCCCUGUGGUUCCAACUCCGACUCCCAGUCCUAUUACUCCUCCUCCUACUCAUGUGAGCCCCCCACCUCCUACUCCUAUCCAUCCUUCCCCUGUGGGCCCAACUCCGACUCCCAGUCCAAUAGCUCCUCCUCCCACUUGAUAUAAUAAUUAAUUAAGGUGAUGCUAGCUUGGUCAAUCCAACUUUUGUAACGGCUGACAAUGGAGCAGUUUGCUUGGGGGGAAAUAAGGCAGCUUACUAUUACGCCCCAGGAUUCGGCAAAGGCGCUGAAAAUUGGGUUGUGUAUCUUCCUGGGGGCGGAUGGUGUAACAAUGUUACUGCCUGCGAAAUAUAUACUGAUACUAAAGGUGUGGGCUUGUCUCCAAGAGCAAUUCCCUUUACUGCUAUUUUGGAUUCUGAUAAGGAGAAAAAUCCUGAUUUCUAUGAUUGGAAUAGAGUUUCUAUUCGGUAUUGUGAUGCAUCGUCAUUCACCGGAAAUUCUGAGAUAACAACCCCACAUGGUACUAAGCUUUUCUUUAGAGGAGGAAGAAUUUUUAGUGCUGUUAUGCAAGAGCUGUUGCAAAAAGGAAUGGGAAAUGCGAAGAAUGCACUUUUGGUUGGUGGAUCAGCUGGGGGAGUCGCAACAACCAUAUACUGUGAUAGAUUUCGAAAUUUCUUCCCAUCCAAUUCUAGAGUAAAGUGCUUAUGUGAUGGAGGUUAUUUUUUCCUGGCGAAAAACCAUAUUCAAGGAAAUACAUUCCUAUCAAUGUUUGAGGGCUUAAUAAAUUUACAUAGAUCUGAAGAUAUGCUGCCCAAAUCUUGCACUACAAGACUAAGUGCACCGAUGUGUUUUUUCCCGCCAAAUUUACAGGAAGACGUCAAAACGGCCAUCUUUUUCCUGAUGUCGGCAUUUGAUAGAGUCCAGAUACAGUAUACAUUGUCAAUGGAUCUUACUGGUUGCGUUCCUAUGGCCAAUUGCUCGGCCAAUCAAAUUAAAGCCUCCCAAGAUCUUCGAUCUGAGCUUCUCACCAUUCUACCAAAACGAAGCAAAACCUUCACCAAAGGGUUUCUGAUUACUCAUCCCUUUGCUCACACUCAAGUAGAAAAUGGUACUUGGAACAGCCUAGCUACGGGAACUAAUAAGACAAUCGCUAGCUUAUUUGGAGAUUGGUACUUUGAGAGGCAAUAUGUUGAAGUGAUUGACAGUUAUCCAUGCCCCUACAAAUGUCCAUAGGCUGCUGCGCUCCUUUUAUGAUCCAUUCACACUCUUUAAUGAUCCAUGCAUCUUUAAGUCUUUAUCAUAUGAUCUCUUGAUGUACCCACUCUUAUACUCACCUUAUAGCCACCAUGUUUGUGAAGUGUUUUUUUGUCUGGAACCCGAUUUACAGACAAUAUUUUGUUUGUGCAAAAUAUUGUUUGUGAACCGGGAUUCACAGACAAAAGAAAAACAUUUCACAAACAUAGGUGGAUACAAAAGUGGGUAUAAGAGUGGGUACAAACAUCAUUUUUGAAAUAUUUAUGUCAGUUGUAAUCCUCAGCUGGAAACAAAAAUAACUCUUUAUUUCACUCUUGCUAACCCGGAAGUAUGUCAUGAUUCCAGUUUAUUCUAUGGUGUUAAAACUUUAGCUCCUCUCAGUAUUAUAUAUGCACACUGAUUAAUUGGCCGGCUU